AUGUCAACAGCACACAGACCGACAUGGACGCCAGCACAGGGCAAGGAGGCUCGUGCCAACUCGCGCCAGGUCUCAGUGCGCCAGAUGGCCUCUCAUACUCGCCUCAAGUUCCGCCAGGCCAAUCAAGGCACUCAGUCUGAGAUAGCUCGUCGUGAUCUCAAGCUGGACUUGCAAAGGGCGGAGGAUGAGGCGAAAGCACGCAAAGCCAAGGGUCUAUCGGGUAUCGUGAGCGAAACCGAAGCAGUCUCCGCGAACAGAUUGCUCGAGGAUGCGCCGCCUGCCGUGACACAAUACGAUCAAGAUGCGGCCGCACUGGCUGCCAAAGUCGCUCAGGACGACUAUGCCGACGAACAAGAUGCAGCAGAGAAGCGAAGGAAGAUCUUACUGGAAGGCAACUUGCUCGAUCUUGACCGUGAUGACUCGAGCGACGAAGACGAAGCGCGCCCGACGGCCAACAAGGGCAAAGGCAAAGAGCGAGCCAUUGAGGCCGAUGGAGAAGCGGCGGAGGAGUCUAGCGAGGAAGAGAGCGACUCGGAUGACGAUGAUGAGGAUGAGACGGCCCAGCUCAUGGCAGAGCUGGAGAAGAUCAAACGCGAGCGAGCGGAGGAGAAAGCGAGGCAAGAGGAAGCCGCCAACAGUGCUGCCAAUGCAGACAGGGAAGCAGAAGUAGCCAGCGGCAAUCCUCUGCUAGAUCUCAAAGCUGCCCUCAACCGCGGCGGCUCACCUACACCUUCGAUGAUGUCCUCGAGCACUGCCACCACCGGCUUUGGGGUCAAACGCAGAUGGGAUGAUGACGUCAUCUUCCGCAACCAAGCUGUGCAGAACGAUGCGCCUCGCAAAGAAUUCGUCAACGAUCUGCUCAGGACUGAUUUCCACCGCAAGUUCAUGAAACGUUACAUAGCUUGAUCGAUCUACAGGCCUUCAUCAGAGAGUUGUGUCAUCAUGCAGACUUGAUCGCUCCAUG